GUUAAGCCCUGCACAGGUAAAAUCAGCAAUAGAUCGUGUCUCUAGAGGAUUUCCUUUGGAUGGAAAAGAAGCAAUGGCCGUUCUCUGCCUCAUACAGUUUGCUGAAACCUUGCAAGUAAGUGUGAAAAUUGCCUUGAAGGAAGAUGAAGAAUGGUAUGACCGUUUCAUGCCACUUACAGAACUGAUUUUAGAUAUUGUUAUAAGUCGAACAUUUAUCAAGUCGGUGCAACAGGUGAUAGACGAAGAUGGCUCUGUCAAGGAUAGCGCAAGUUCUGAUUUAAAGCGAUAUCGAGAGCAAGUUCGGGUCCUUGAAAGGAAGUUAUAUCAACUAAUGGAUAAGUUGGUUAAAAAUGAUUCAAGUGAAGCUGUAUCUCCGCAAGCGUGCAUCGUUAAUGGAAGAUUCUGCAUAGAAGUAGUGCCAGAUAAAAUGGCAAAUUUUAACGGAUUACUCCUAUCCAGUUCAGGUGUUGGGAGUGUGAUGGAGCCAAUCGCUGCUAUCCCACUGAAUGAUGAGUUGCAACGAGCAAGAGCACUAGCGGCCACAGCUGAGGAAGAGGUCCUAUCGAAAUUAAGUGAUAAGAUGGUGGCAGAACUCGAUGAUAUACGGAAUCUCUUGCAUACCAUUAUUCAAUUGGAUAUGGUCACUGCACGGGCGAAGUAUGGUAUUGCCUACAGUGGUACCUUUCCCGACCUAUAUAUGCCUAGCGAUAAUGAUGAAUUGCCAAAACGAGACUUCUAUCCUGGUAAAACUUUUGGUGUCGCUCCUUUUACUCAUCUCCCUCAGAGGUCAUGGAAACUUUAUAUGCCCAAAGCGCACCAUCCUUUAUUGCUUCACCGGCAUCAUGAAAACUUGCAUCAUGCCAGGAAGGAAGUUGGUAAUGCUACUGCUGAGAUCCGGAGAAGGAACAUACAUGGGAAGAAUAUGGCUGCAGAACAUGAAACGAAAUUGCAUCUCGAGUCCAUGAAACUCAGGGUUUCUCAAUUGGAAAAGAAUCAUCCAAUUCCUGUGGAUUUUAUGAUUUCUGAGAAAACUAAUGUGCUUGUAAUAACUGGUCCCAAUACCGGGGGCAAAACAAUCAGCUUGAAGACAGUUGGUCUUGCAUCCUUAAUGGCUAAAACAGGUCUUUAUGUCCUAGCAUCUGAGCCUGUUAAAAUCCCAUGGUUUGAUGCAAUUUUUGCUGAUAUUGGAGAUGAGCAGUCUCUGAGCCAAUCAUUGUCUACCUUUUCUGGCCACCUAAAGCAAAUUGGUGCCAUUUGUUCACUAUCAACGUCUAAGUCACUGGUGCUUCUAGAUGAAGUUGGAGCAGGGACAAAUCCACUAGAAGGGGCUGCUUUAGGGAUGUCACUCUUAGAAUCUUUUGCUAAAUCUGGCUCCUUCCUUACGAUAGUUACAACUCAUCAUGGGGAACUUAAAACACUAAAAUACAGAAAUAGUGUUUUUGAGAAUGCAUGCGUGGAAUUCGACGAAGAGAGUUUGAGACCAACAUUUAAGAUACUAUGGGGAAUUCCAGGACGUUCAAAUGCUAUUAAUAUUGCUGAAAGAUUAGGUUUGCCCCAUACUGUAAUCGAUGGUGCACGCAAACUACAUGGAAUAGCUAGUGCUGAAAUCAAUGGGGUUAUUCUUGAUAUGGAAAGAUUUAAACAAGACGUCCAACAAAAUCUUCAACAGGCGCAGCAUUUUCUAAUGCUAUCGAAGAAGCUCCGUGAAAAUCUUUUUGUGGCGAAGCAGAAGAUCUCGGAUCAUGUCGUUCUUCAGAGGAGCAGAAAGACAAAAGCAAUCUCGGAUAAUGCAGCUAUAGCUCGCUCUCUCCUACGCAGUAAGAUGCAACAGUUUCGUGGACGCGCAAUAGCUGAAAAACCAUCAGAAAGUGGGCGAGCAGAGAGUGUUGAGAAAUCUAUCGAAAAUCUCAACCAGCAACCACCAACUAGUGAUCCUACAGAAAGGAUCAGGCAGAUAGGGAAACAGACCAAAGUUCCAGAGGUAGGAGAUGUAGUGUACAUUUCUUCACUAGGCAAGCAGGCAUCAGUGUUGAAAGUGGAAGCAUCGAAAGGAUUGGUUCUUCUCCAAGCAGGGAACAUGAAGUUGAAACUGAAAUUUGGUGACAUUGUGACUCAACAUCUGAGGACAUCUAAACAAUGAGCUCCACUAAACAACCAUGUAAAGGUGCCAGCCUUCCACAAGAGAUUUUACAGAAGGAUGUGACAGAAAUUAUUUUCUGCACCUCAUCAGUCGUGCCUUGUGCAAUAUUACUCCCCUCUGCCCCACCUCAUACGUGUUCUCUAUAACAGGUAUUUUUUGUAGGAAUAACAACAUUCGGCAAACACUUCCAUCUUGCAGAAAGUGAUUAUAAUUCUUUUUCCACGUCCCUUUUGCUCCAAGUAAAAUUACGACAAAUUAAACAUGGUUGUAGAGGAGACUAGCUCCAUGCUUGGGAGCAAAUCAACUGCAACCUUAGCUGAUGUGGCGUCUGUCCGACGGCAGUCUAUCUCCAAUGUGGAGUCAAUCUCUGCCAUUAGACUGAUGUGAUAACAAACUUGUUUAAAUCAGCAGUGGAGACGAACUCUAGUAUUUCGGAUCAUCGUGAGACUGCAGAAAUUUUUUAUACAUCAAGGUUGUAUAUGAUUGGCUGCUUGCUUAUAAUCUAACCAUUGAAUAGAAAACUAUUCACAAACCUAAA